CGAGUGACAGAACGUUGAUAAACAGAAAAAAAACAAUGAAACCGAAGAGCAAAGCUAAAUCACGUUCCUCUCGUGCUAACAUUACAUUCCCAGUUGGUAGGAUACACAAGAUAUUAAAAUCUGGGAACUACGCGCAAAGAAUAGGCGGUGGAGCUCCUAUAUACCUCGCUGCUGCAGUCGAAUACCUGGCUGCAGAAAUAUUGGAACUGGCGGCGGAAGCUGCUAAACAAAACAAGAAGUCCAGAGUCAUACCUAGACACAUUCUCUUCGCUAUACGAAAUGAUGACGAACUCAACCAAAUGCUGAGCGGAGUUACCGUGUCACAGGGUGGUGUAAUACCGGCGAUACACCCACAUCUACUGCCUAAGAAGACUAUGAAGAAUAUGUCACAAGAGAAAUGAUUGCUACUCUAUGAA